UCGGAUGUUUGUCACUGACGCACGCUCGUCAUGUUGUAACGUGAUUUUUUCCUGCUGUAAGAGGGUCGCGUUUGUAGUGCAAACCCGAGAAGAAUUCAUUAAUCUGAUACAGUCAUCUUCUAGCGUCUGUUUGCAUAAAGGCUGAACAUGCUCAGGACGGUGGUGUGUCGGGCAGGGAGCGGACUUUUAAAGCAUUCACAGCGAACCGUGCCUGUGUUGUGGGGGAGCCGAGCUCAGCAGCGAUGGGCUUCCAGCCUCCCGAUGAACACCGUGGUUCUGUUCGUACCCCAGCAGGAAGCCUGGGUGGUGGAGAGAAUGGGCCGUUUCCACCGAAUCCUGGAACCUGGUCUGAACUUCUUAAUUCCCAUCCUGGACAGAGUUAAAUAUGUUCAAAGCCUAAAAGAGAUCGUGAUAGAUGUGCCAGAGCAGUCAGCAGUUACCCUCGACAAUGUGACAUUGCAGAUUGAUGGAGUUUUAUAUCUCAGGAUACUCGACCCGUUUAAGGCCAGUUAUGGAGUGGAGGACCCAGAAUAUGCCGUCACACAGCUGGCACAGACCACCAUGAGAUCAGAGCUGGGAAAACUGACCCUGGACAAAGUGUUUAGGGAAAGAGAGUCCCUGAAUGCCAAUAUGGUCCACUCAAUAAACCAGGCAUCAGACGAAUGGGGGAUUCGAUGUCUUCGAUACGAGAUCAAAGACAUUCACGUUCCUCCACGGGUGAAAGAGUCAAUGCAAAUGCAGGUGGAGGCCGAGCGGAAGAAGAGAGCCACUGUUCUGGAGUCAGAGGGGACGAGAGAGGCGGCCAUCAAUGUGGCCGAGGGGCGCAAACAGGCUCAGAUUCUGGCAUCUGAGGGACAGAAGACCGAACAGAUUAACAAAGCUGCUGGUGAAGCGAAUGCUGUUUUGGCUAAAGCUGAAGCAAAGGCCAAAGCUAUCCGGCUGCUGUCCGAGGCACUCACUCGACAGAAUGGAAACGCUGCAGCAUCUUUAACUGUGGCCGAACAGUACGUCUCCGCUUUCUCCAACCUGGCCAAGGAAUCCAACACGAUCUUACUGCCCUCCAACACAGGAGACAUCAGCAGCAUGGUCACUCAGGCCAUGGCGAUUUAUGGGAGUUUAUCGAAGACAAAGAGCACAGCAGACAGUGUGACUGCUGAGACUAAUAAUGAGCUGAUUCUGGAAGGGGAAACUGUUUCUGAAACCGAAACUGAGCGUAAAUAAAGAUUUGAGUCUCAUUCUGGGAUAAAGGACAGAAACUGCUGAUACCGCAAAGAUUCUGGUUGUAGAGGACUGAUGCGAGAAAACUAAAAUGAUAUGAUGAUAAAAUGAUAAAGCAUAAUGGUGUAACUACACAAAGAUUUUAUUGUGUGUGUGUGUGUUUGUUUUAUUAAAAUAAAUCUGGAUUAUCUAGUU